GACCAGCAAGGAACACUCUAGCAUAUAAAAGCAGGUGAGACCCUGGAUCAUUCCACUGACCCAGUCUGCCACAAUGUUGGCGUUUCUGAUUCUGGUGACUGUGGCCUUAGCAUCUUCUCAUCAUGCUGAGGAUUUUGAAGGCAAUAAGGUUUUCCGUGUCAGUGUUGAAGAUGAAAAUCAUAUGACUUUGAUGCAUGAGUUGGCCAGUAUCAGCGAGCUUGACUUCUGGAAGCCAGAUUCUGUCGCACAAAUCAAACCUCACACCACAGUUGACUUCCGUGUUAAAGCAGAAGAUGUUCUCACUGUGGAAGACUUUCUGGAGCACAAUGAACUGCACUAUGAGGUACUGAUAAACAACCUGAGAAGUGCAAUGGACGCUCAGUUUGACAGCCACAGCCGUGCAGCUGGACACAGUUAUACCAAGUACAACAACUGGGAAACGAUAGAGGCCUGGACUAAAGAAAUUGCUGCUCAGAAUCCAAGUCUCAUUUCUCGCAGCGUCAUCGGAACCACAUUUGAAGGACGUUCAAUGUACCUCCUCAAGGUUGGCAAAGCUAGCUCAAAUAAGCCUGCUGUUUUCAUAGAUUGUGGUUUCCAUGCAAGAGAAUGGAUUUCUCCUGCUUUUUGCCAGUGGUUUGUGAAAGAGGCCGUCCGCACCUAUGGGCAGGAGGCUCAGAUGACAAAGCUGCUUGACAAAUUAGACUUCUACGUCCUGCCCGUGUUCAAUGUUGAUGGCUACGUGUACUCCUGGACCAAGAGUCGAAUGUGGAGAAAGACCCGCUCUUCACGGACCGGAAGCUCCUGUCGUGGUGUAGACCCCAACAGAAACUUUAAAGCUGGUUGGUGUGAAACUGGAGCUUCUAAAGACCCCUGCUCUGACACUUAUUGCGGACCCACCGCAGAGUCUGAAAAGGAAACCAAAGCUCUAACUAAUUUCAUCCAGAAGAACCUCUCUUCCAUCAAGGCAUACUUGACAGUCCACUCGUACUCCCAGCUGCUGCUCUACCCGUACUCCUAUUCCUACAAACUGCCCAGCAACAAUGCAGAGCUGAAUUCCGUGGUUAAAGCUGCUGCAAAUGAACUUGCCUCGCUGUAUGGCACCAAGUACAAAUAUGGUCCAGGAGCCUCGACAAUCUAUCUUGCUGCUGGAGGUUCUGAUGACUGGGCUUAUGACCAAGGAAUCAAAUAUUCCUUCACCUUUGAACUCCGGGAUACAGGCAGAUACGGCUUUCUGCUUCCGGAGUCCCAAAUCCAAGCCACCUCGGAGGAAACGUUACUUGCAGUCAAGUACAUUGCCAACUAUGUCCUGGAGCAUCUGUACUAGUCAAGGAGGCUGAAAGCCUUCUUCCAGAAUGAUUACUGCUUAUUGCUCAUCUGUCUUGACCCCUUAUCUUUCUUUGGUUGGAGUCUUUUCUGAUCCCAGUAUUUCAUAUAAGCUUGGGUCUUUUAAAACUAAUCAUAAUAAAAGUGAAUCACAAUAAUUGCAAA